CAGAGAUUGCCCCCACAAGCGUGUGGAGGUUUAGCGGUUAAAGUUAUCCCCUACUCUCCAUUUCUGCGCCUCAGGCUGACUUUGUGCUGCAGAUUCUCCCUUUUUCAUCCUCCCUCAUGGCUUGCUCCGCCGCCUCCUCUGCACUUAUCUCCUCCAAUCCUUCCGCCUUUCCGACCAGGUCCACUGCUCCCAUUGCUUCCGCCUCUUUGCAGAAACUCAAAAUGGGACUAUGUGAAGUAUUUACUUUUGGGGGUUCCACUUCUUACUUUAUGUUUCAUUAUUUACCUUUACAGAGUGAACUCCCAUUGGUUGGAAACAUAGCACCAGAUUUUGAGGCAGAGGCAGUUUUUGAUCAGGAAUUUAUCAAGGUUAAACUUUCCGAGUACAUUGGGAAGAAAUAUGUGAUUCUCUUUUUCUACCCAUUGGACUUUACGUUUGUUUGUCCCACAGAAAUUACUGCUUUCAGUGACCGGUAUGAAGAAUUUAAGCAGCUAAACACAGAAAUUUUGGGUGUUUCUGUUGACAGUGUUUUCUCACAUCUUGCUUGGGUCCAAACUGAUAGAAAGUCUGGUGGCCUUGGUGAUCUUCAGUAUCCACUUGUUUCUGAUGUCACUAAAUCAAUUUCAAAAUCUUUUGGUGUGCUGAUCCCAGAUCAGGGAAUCGCACUGAGAGGCCUUUUCAUUAUUGACAAGGAAGGAAUUAUCCAGCACUCCACAAUAAACAAUCUUGCUAUUGGUCGGAGCGUUGAUGAGACGAAGAGAACUCUCCAAGCCUUGCAGUACGUGCAGGAGAACCCAGAUGAAGUGUGCCCUGCUGGAUGGAAGCCUGGGGAGAAGUCGAUGAAGCCAGACCCCAAGGGUAGCAAAGAGUACUUUUCUGCUAUUGCUUAAUUAAGUCCGAGUCUGAGUCUGGUGCAAAGCCAUUGCCAUUUUAGUUAUUUAAAUUUUUUGGUAUGCCGGUUGUGGAACAUAUUGGAUAACGAGGCGUGAGUCAUGUCAUUGGAUAUAGAGUGUUCAUAUUUCUCAUCCGUAGAUGAAUGGAGCAGCAAUAAAUUGAUAGGCUCUUCUAGGCAUUAGCAAUGGCAUCAAUGCUUUCUCACGCCCUUGCUUUUCUACUGUCCAAAUUUGUGGUCGAACCUUGAAUUACUUGAAUCGUUCUGAAACCCCAA